UGCCGCAGUGUUUUCCUCGCUUUUCCGCACUAUUUGGGCAGUUUUCGGGGCCACCGGCAGUUUCUGGAGAGUCUACAUACCGCCCCGCAGUGGAGUUGAAGCGAGAACACGGUGAAUCCAAUGGCUUCCGGCGUGAAAAGGCGGAUUGCGUGAUGCCUGAGGAAGUCCAGUUGGAUUUCACAGCAACCAGGCGCCUCCUGUUCAUCGUGUUCGUCCUGCUCGUGGUGUACACCGUGAAGAAGUACUUUUAUGAGGAUUACGACCUCUGACCAUGACACGGAAGGUCUCAUACUUCUACAAUCCGGACGUGGGCAACUUCCACUAUGGUCCGGGUCACCCAAUGAAGCCCCACCGGCUGUCGGUGAUCCACAGCCUGGUGAUGAACUAUCAGCUGCACAAGAAGAUGCAGAUCUACAGGCCGUACAAGGCCAGCGCGCACGAUAUGUGUCGCUUCCACAGCGAGGAAUACAUCGAGUUCCUGCAGCGCGUGACGCCGCAGAACAUCCAGGGCUACACCAAGUACCUCUCCCACUUCAACGUGGGCGACGAUUGUCCCGUCUUUGACGGCCUCUUUGAGUUCUGCGCCAUGUACACAGGCGCUUCGCUCGAGGGCGCCCAGAAGCUCAACCACAAUCUCAGCGAGAUCUGCAUCAAUUGGUCCGGAGGUUUGCACCACGCCAAGAAGUUCGAGGCCUCGGGCUUCUGCUACGUCAACGACAUUGUGAUUGGCAUCCUGGAGCUGCUCAAGUACCACCCGCGCGUGCUGUACAUCGACAUCGACGUACACCACGGCGACGGCGUGCAGGAGGCGUUCUACCUCACUGAUCGCGUGAUGACGGUGUCUUUCCACAAGUAUGGCAACUACUUCUUCCCUGGCACGGGCGACAUGUACGAGAUCGGGGCUGAGUCCGGGCGCUACUACUCAGUGAAUGUGCCCCUGAAGGAAGGCAUCGACGACCAGAGCUACGUGCAGGUCUUCAAUCCCAUCAUUUCCCACGUGAUGGAGUUCUAUCGACCCACGGCAAUUGUGCUGCAGUGCGGGGCGGAUUCCCUGGCUGGCGAUCGCCUGGGGUGCUUCUCGCUGAGCACCAAAGGGCACGGAGAGUGCGUGAAGUUUGUCAAGGAGCUCAAUGUGCCCACUCUCGUGGUUGGCGGAGGAGGAUACACGCUGAGGAACGUGGCGCGCUGCUGGACAUACGAGACGUCUCUUCUGAUUGACGAGACCAUCUCCAAUGACAUCCCAAUGAAUGACUAUCUCGGGUUCUUCGCACCGGACUUCACUCUCCAUCCGGAGAUUGUAACGCGGCAGGACAAUGCGAACAGCAAGCAAUACCUGGACCUCAUCGUGCGGCACGUCUACGAUAAUCUGAAGAUGUGCCAGCACGCGCCCAGUGUGCAGAUGUUCAACAUCCCAGAAGACGCCCUGCCGGAAGACGGGAAGAUCAAGGACGAGAGCGAUCCGGAUGUGCGCAUCAGCCAGGCGGAUGAGGACAGGAUGGUAGAGCCGAAGAAUGAGUUCUACGAUGGGGAGAAUGAUAAUGACAAAAUUGAGGCGGAAACGUGAAAUAAAGCC